AAGGGGGUCGAGCGGGAAGUGCUUUAAUUUCCGGGUUACUGCAGCGUGUGUCAUUUCCGCAUGCUCCGUUAAAGACAGCAUCUGUGUCGCUGUUCUUGAUUUAGCCCGAAAAUGGUGAAGCUUUCCGCGGAGUUAAUUGAGCAGGCAGCUCAGUACACGAACCCGGUGAGGGACAGAGAGCUGGACCUGAGGGGUUAUAAAAUUCCAGUUCUGGAGAAUCUGGGAGCCACUCUGGAUCAGUUCGACACGGUGGACUUCUCGGAUAACGAAAUCCGCAAACUGGACGGCUUCCCGCUCCUCAAGCGACUCAAGACCUUGCUGAUGAACAACAACAGGAUCUGUCGUAUCGGAGAGAACCUGGAGCAGAGUCUUCCAGCUCUGCGAGAACUCAUCCUGACCAACAACAAGAUCCAGGAACUGGGCGACUUGGAGCCGCUGGCGUCGGUGAAGACGUUGACUCUGCUCAGCCUGCUGAGGAAUCCUGUGACCAACAAGAAGCACUACAGGCUCUACGUGGUCCACAAAAUCCCGCAGCUUCGCGUGCUGGACUUCCAGAAGGUCAAACUCAAGGAGCGCCAGGAGGCGGAGAAAAUGUUCAAAGGCAAACGCGGCGCUCAGCUGGCGAAGGAUAUCGCCAAGCAGAGCAAAACGUUCACGCCCGGAAUGGCGGCGCAGCUGGAGAAGGCGAGGACGGGCCCGUCGCACACCGACGUCGAAGCCAUCAAGAACGCCAUCGCCCAGGCGUCGUCACUGGCUGAGGUGGAGCGCUUGAAAGGAAUGUUGCAGGCCGGACACAUACCGGGACGGGAGCGCACACAAGAUGGUGCUGGCGUGGAAGAGGAGGAGGAAGAGGAGGAAGGCCACGCAUCGCAGAUGGCCGAUCAGACGGAAGAGAGCGAGGACAUGGAACAAGGUCCUCACCUCAACGGAUCCUGAUCAAUUUUGUGUCUUCACUUUUAGUUUGACCAGAUUAAAUAAAUGAGUCAGAUUUUUCCUACAAACGCGUAUUAAGUAGUCAUGACACAAAGUUGAAAUACGCGUCAAUUGACGCGUCAAGCUGUUCUAGUGGACUAGUUGUACUUAUGUGCGUAUAUGCAUGUACUUAUUUAUAUGGAGGUUUGUAAGAUAUGCCUUUUUUGGAGGGAGGGACUAGUCAAGCAUGGCAGUGAGCUUCCGUCAAGCUGUGUAACAAUAAGGCGCCCCCUGCUGUCACGUUCCACACUUUGUAACAAACGAGAGGGAGUCAAUUUCAGGUUGAAUGAGAUUUUAAACAACUGCAAA